AUUACCUGACAUAUGGUUCUUAACUUACAAACGAGCGAAAUCAACACAAAAUUGCAGAUGGGUCCACUGUUCGCCCGCUUCAUGUGGCUCCCAACCAGAUUGCUAUAUGUGAAAUUCAGUACUCUCAAUUUUAAGGUUUUCAUAUGGUUCCAAUUUAAAAUCUAAUUUUUAUCAAACAUUGGUUGUUGUUUAUCAAGUUGCUGUGAAAGAGUAUGGGCCAGAGACGCAGUAAAUGUGCACCAGAUCGUUUGCAAAAUUCUUCAUCAGAUAGUGACCUUGAUACUGACACAGGUGCUUCAAGCAGUUCUCGGAAACAAUCGAAAUCCUCUCUUCCUUCCCCAACUGAUAAAAAGAUGUCUUUCUUCCGGAAGCAAAGUGAUGAAGCAAAGCGGCGGUUCGAAUAUCAGAUGCAUUUAGCAGAAGAUAAUCCAGAACCUAUCUUUGAUAUUUCCAACAGUCAAAUUAGUGAGAUCCCUUCCAAUGUGUUCUCUCUCUGUAAAGUCCUGAACAAAGAGAUUUUGUUGCUUCAUGAUAAUUGGUUAACGUCUCUAAAAGCUGGUGAUUGUGGAAUGAGUGAUUUGGUAAAAAUUCGGGUACUUGAUGCACACAAUAAUUCUAUCAAACAUCUACCAGAAAAUAUUGACCAGGUCCGCAGCUUACAGGUUUUAAAUUUAGAAGGCAACAAGUUGAAGAAAAUCCCAGAGUCCAUUGGAAAUUUAAAGUUUUUACAGUCUUUAAAUCUCAAAGGAAAUAAAUUAAAAGAAAUCCCCACCAGUCUAUGCAAUUUAUCGUCCCUCCGAACUCUUGACCUCUCCAACAACCAAUUAACUAAUCUGCCAACUGAAUUGUGGAAAUUGCGUGCUUUAGAGAACUUGCUUGUGGAUGCCGCAAAUAUGGUCCAUCCACCUGCAGAGGUUUGUUCCCAAGGUACUGAAGCAAUUAUGAAAUUCCUUUGCUCAGAAUCUGGAGAAGAAUACAUACCUCCAUCACAGUUUCUACUCCAAGUGUUGGAUUCCUCAGAAAAGAAACACCAAAUGUCCAGUACAUUUAGUGACCAUUCUGUAAAACUUUUACAAGAAGAUGCAUUGAUGAUGCAAGAUAUUGAGAAAUAUGCUAACUUACAGGAAAAGAAACGUCAAGAACGAAUGGCAUUUAAUCGCCAGUAUGAGGAGGACGAGAAGAAAUAUGCCAAGAUGGCAGCUUCAGCACUAAAAGAGAAAGACCAUUUAGUAUCAACUAUUGCACAAGAACAGAUCAAACUUAAUGAAGACCUGGCAGAACUCAGCAACAAAAAGGAACUUGACCGGCAGAAUUUGGUCACAUGUCUAGAGGACAUUGAAGAGAGGACCAACAGGUUACUCAAUAACCUCAUGCAAAUGAAUGAAAAAGCCAGAAAACAAGAGGAAUUAAUGGAAGCCAUUGAGAAAGAGAAGGAUGAACAAGACCAAUAUUACAUUGUGAGGUAUGAAGAAAUAGCCAAUUUACGGAGAAAAGAAGUGCUGAACCGCAUGGAAGAAAUAUUGAAUAGUUCUGCCUUCUUGGAGACUUGUCGAAGGAAACACGAUGCUGAUAAGAAACAUGCUGCCAGAAAUGCACUAGAAAAAGAGAUGAAUUCCACUGUGUUGAAUGAUAUCUUGCAAUCAAAGUCGGCAGAACAGGAUGAAAUGUUCAAAGUUCUUACUCAGCAGGAAGAACUCCAGAAAGCAGCUUUUGAAGCUCUGCUUAUGCAAAAAGACUCGCGUCAUAGUCGAGUUUCCUCGCAGAUUUCUCUGAUUGAGAAAGAAUUGGCUCAGUUGACGGCAAUUGAAAUUGAGAGGAAAGAAUUACGAAUAGACAUGGAAAAGAAUAUUCUGGCUGACAAGAGGAUAGCUCUAACUGGUAUGUUAAUGCAGCUCAUUGCUGAGCGAGACAAGCGAGAGGAACAACUGAAGAUGAGGCUUAUUGAAAUGGAAGAGCAACGGCUGCAAGACCAAACGGAUUAUUGGUUGGUGCAGUACCAACGCUUGAUGGACCGUAAACCACAAGCACUAAUUGACCAAGAAUGGUUGCUAGAAAUUCCUGUGCUUAAGAUUCUAGAACAAGCGGGUGCUCAGGAUUACAUACCAUUGUUUUCACGCCAUCGUAUCACUUCUGAGACUCUUUGCAAUAUGACAGAAGAUGAUCUGAAACAGAUGGGUGUUCAUGAAUUGGGUGUACGGCGUGCUAUCAUGGUACGUCUGCAGGAACACCAAUCAACAAAAAAGUCGACAUGCUUCCACCAGUAAGUUCUAAUUUGACAUAUUUUAU